UGGGGUUUAAAUGGGCGGGCUGUGUGUUAUCCGACGAAUGAAAGCUGUAGCCUAGAUCGGCUAUUUAACCGGUUAGCCGCAUACAAACCAGCUUGCGCUUAAAGGGAAACAAUUCGGCUUUAGUUUUAAGACGGAGGCGAUAAAUCCGUGUAAAUAAAGGUUGAAAAGCUAAGCAAACAUGAGCGACAAGGGGACAGUCUCAACGAAAGAUAAGGAGGGGGCAGAGAAGAGAGGGCGUGGAAGACCCCGUAAGCAGCCGCAGGUAAAAUCCUCAGACGAGGCAAGUGGGUCCCCAACUCCAAAGAGGCCCCGAGGGCGACCAAAGGGGAGCAAAAAUAAGGCAACUGGUGGCAAGGGCAAAAAAGGUGCAGGAGCCUCACCUGCAGGAGGAAAACGCAGGGGACGACCCAAGAAGGAGGAGAAGGAGGAAAAGGCAUCCCAAGAAUCAUCUGAGGAAGAGGAGGAGGAAGAUGACCAGUAAUUCAAUACAUGCUACCUCACUCUACAUACUGACUUACUGUUAUCCAGAAACUGGGCUGUAUCAACACCAGUGCCACCACUUGACCACUGUUCACGACAAAGCCCUCCCCUUUGUCAAAGGGUGGGGUUAACACAGUACAUAUAUCAUGCAGCAGCACUGGAUUUAAACAAAAUGGACUUGAUCAAGCAUAGAUCUAAGCAUUACAUGACCGGUAACAGCCCUUCUACAUGUCAUGUUAUCACAAGUCUUUUAUACUGGACAAGGUGUGCUCUGAAGAGCCUGGGUGUUUGUUAGUCUCCCCUAAAGACCAUUAGGACAUAUUUCCUCUGCUUAGUGUCAUUUAUUGCAUCUGCGAUAGUAGAACAUAUAGACUUUCUUGUUUUUGUAUUGGACAAAGGUAAAUUUUUACCCAUUUGCUGUUUAGUUUUGUUACAUGUGAGUAAAGUGAUUAACCUAUCCUUUGCAUUGUAUUCUAGAUGGAGAUGAGCUUCAGCAUUUAGGAUGAGCAUAGGUUACUGAUGGUAGAGGUGUCCGUUUCGUGUCGAGUUCAUUCAUGAUUUUAUUUUAAUUUUUUUCAAACUCUGGACAGAACUGGGCAUCUUCCACCUGACCGCUUUUUCCUGUAGAGCAGUGUAGAUUUUAGAGGAGCUUAAAACCUUCUCAGUCCUUUUUGCAUGUAGUGGGGAGAUGUAAAGUAAGUUUGAUGGGUUUUGUUUUUUUUUCCUUCAUCAAAAUACUCUGAUCAGACUUGCAGUUUGUUCCUCUGAGUUAUAUACCAUUUAAGAGAAACCAUGAGUGUGCUGCUUUUUGUGUUUUAUAACAAUUCUUUUUGGUAUAUUUUUAAAAAGAGUUUUAGGCUGAAAAGUAAUCUGUCGUUUCUUCAGGGAGCUUUUACAAAUGCGGUUACUUUUUUUUUUUUCCUCUCUUUCCCUCAUGCGCUCACUCGGUCACUGCAAUUGGUCAAACAAGGAGUAUGAUUGUAAUAGUGGAUAGUUGGUGGCACUACUAUCCAACAGGGCUGUACAUUUUUUAUUUCUCAUUCCAUUUAGCCAUCACUGCUUAAUCUGGCUUCUUCCUCACUUAGUAACGUAACGGUAACCCUACUUUCCUUAAUCUUCUGAAGAUGUGUGUCGUUUGUGUCUACUACAUUUUUUUUUUUUCAUUGUCAGGGAACCUGUAUCCAUAGUACACUUAACUGGGUUUUCCCCCCCAACACACACACACACACACACCUAAGCUGCUACAACCUCAGUUACAAAUCCCCGGAAAACUGCAAACAGGCAAAACAAAGCCUGGAUUCUCAUACCUCAAUUUAACAGCUUACUUCACCUUAUGAUUGCAUUCAACUGGUUUUUCUAUUUUUAAUGUAACCUCUGACAAGAGUUAAGUUUUUCUUUUUUCAUCUUUUUGAUCAAGUUGACUAGGUGUAAAAUGUAAUUGUGCGCCAGACUUUGCAGACAGGUUUUAAAAUGUGUGAAGCAAGUCAGGGAGACCUGUCAGCUCAACAAUUGUGUUCGCUGACUGUGGUAGACUAGCAGGUGUGUUUUUAUCUUUUUUUUUUUUUUUUUCUUCUGCACUGAAAUGUUGGAUUUUCAUGGACAAAUGCAAGUUUGUGUAGAGUAGGCACUCUUCACUGUUCAGUCAGGCGCUGUGCAUUCUGCAUUAACGCACAGAGCUGCUCUUAUUGUUUUCAUUAAAGUCGUACAGUCUCUUGUCUUUGUCCCCUUCCAACUACACAACUGCAUCUAGACAUUUCUCUUUAAAUCAUGCAUUUGUUGAUUUAUAUACUGUAAACUCAAUAGGAUGGGAUCAUGCUUUUUAAUGUACACCUAUAUAAAUGUACAAUGUCUAUAUUUCUAUGGUGCCCUACAAUUUGUAUCAGAAAUGGACAAUAAAGAGAACUUUCUUUGUCA